AUGCUCGCAGGCAUGGUACCAAGUACGACCGCCGUCCUGAUUUCCUUGGCCACACUUGCAGCCGCGUCUGUGGAAUCACCAUGGCUGUCCCCCAAACCCCCAAUGGGUUUCAACAACUGGUCUCGCUUCCAGUGCGCCCUGAAUGAAUCUCUCUUCACCCAGACCGCCGACGCCAUGCUCUCACGCGGCCUUCUCGCAGCGGGCUAUGAUCGACUCAAUCUCGACGACUGCUGGGCCUUGCAUUCCCGCGCCGCAGAUGGUUCGCUGCAGUGGGACCCUGUCAAAUUCCCUCACGGGAUCCCGUGGCUUUCAGACUAUCUGAAGCAGCGCGGAUUCAAACUGGGCAUCUACGGCGACUCGGGGAACAAGACCUGCGGCGGAUACCCCGGGAGCUUGGGGUACGAGGCGUUGGACGCGAAGACCUUUAGCGACUGGGGGGUCGACUUUUUGAAACUGGACGCGUGCAACAUGCCCUCAACCACGGGUGCGAAAUACGACGAGUCGACCUACGCGCCCAUCUUCGAGAACUGGCACAAUGUCCUCAUAGCGCUACCGACCCCUCUCGUCUUCUCCGAGUCUGCCCCGGCGUAUUUCUCCCGCGAAGCGAAUCUCAGCGACUGGCAUCGAGUGAUGUCCUGGGUGCCGGCGUAUGGUGAACUGGCACGUCACAGCGCCGACAUCGUCAACUUUGCCACCACCGGUGGCGGCGGCAGCGCCUGGGAGAGCGUCAUGUACAACUACGGCGUGAACACGAUGCUGGCGCGAUAUCAACGAGCCGGAUUCGUCAACGACCCGGAUUUUCUCAUCCCGGACCAUCCGGGACUGACCAUGGAUGAGAAACGCAGCCAGGUCGCGCUGUGGGCAAGUCUGGGUGCGCCACUGAUCAUCAGCGCGUGGAUUCCCGGAUUGAGCGAGGAUGAGAUGGAUUUGUUGACAAACACGCGGAUCAUAGCUGUAGAUCAAGACACUUUGGGUCUGCAGGCGACGUUGGUGAGUCAGGAUGGCGAAUGGGACGUGUUGACGCGGAGCCUAAGUGGCGGGGAGCGGUUACUUACCAUCUUGAACCGCGGUGAAAGCAUGAGCAGCCACCAGGUCGACCUCGAGAGAGUAGGGCUGUCCUCCGCUGACAAUUGCACGUACAGUGUGCAAGAGUUGUGGGGGGGUGGAAUCAGCCAGGCCACGGGGCACGUGGAGGUCGGCCACGUACCGGCACAUGGGACCGCCAUGUUGAAAAUCGCGUCAGACGAUACCACGUGCAUGACGACGAUACCGACAGGGAUGGUCUUCAACACGCCGUCCGGCAAUUGCCUGACCAACAACGGCCUGGGGCUUCUCACGGUGUCGCCGUGUAAUGCUGCCGAUGGACAAGUUUGGCAGGUCCAUCCCGACGGAAGCCUCAACACUCUGUCGCACAAGACCGAAUGCCUGACGAAUGCAGGAAAUCAGUCUCUGAGUCUGUCGACCUGUGAGCCGGGCGUCGCGGCACAGCAGUGGGUGAGCCAUGUGUCGGGAAAUCUGGUGAGCCUGAUUUCUGGCGAGUGCCUCACAAUUGGUGGUGCCGGCGCUGGGAGGAGAAAUGUCCCGACACUGGCCGUGUGCCUUGACGAGAUGAAUGAGCAGAUAUUCGGGCUACCGAGUGGGGUCAAUAUCGUAAGCUGA